AUGCCGGCGGAUGAGCAGAAGGCGGACUAUCUAUGUUCCUAUGGGAUGAAGCUCAACUGGGAUAUCAAUGACCCACAAAUGCCGCAGGAUCUCACCCAUUUUGACCACUUCUGUGAGUGGCCUGAUGGCUAUGUGCGCUUCAUCUACCGUGGCAAUGAGAAGAAGGCACAGCGCCACCUGAGUGGCUGGGCUAUGCGCAACACCAAUAACCACAAUGGCCACAUCCUCAAGAAGUCAUGCCUUGGCGUGGUACUGUGUGCACAGGCCUGUGCCCUGCCGGAUGGCUCUCGCCUGCAGCUGCGACCUGCAAUCUGUGACAAGGCCAGGCUGAAGCAGCAGAAGAAAACAUGCCCCAACUGCAGUUCAUCUUUGGAGCUGAUUCCCUGCCGAGGGCACAGUGGAUACCCAGUAACCAACUUCUGGAGACUGGAUGGCAAUGCUAUAUUUUUUCAGGCCAAGGGAGUUCAUGACCACCCAAGACCAGAGAGUAAAUCAGAGACUGAAGCUAGAAGAAGUGCCAUCAAGAGACAGAUGGCUUCUUCUUACCAACCCCAGAAAAAGAGAAUUAGAGAGCCUGAGGCAGAAGAGGAUCAAGAUAGUAAUGGACAUUUUCACAACAUACCUCUUCUAAAAAAUCCAGAACAACUUGAUAUAAUGACUGAUAACUUCCGCAUUCCAGAACAGCCUUGCCUCUCCUUCCCAAACUUGGAUGCUUCCUAUGACCUACCCACUUUCCAAGGAGACAUAAUGCCACCCUUUCAGAAAUACCCAAACCCAAGAAUCUAUUUGCCUAGGCCACCUUGUGGCUAUGAAGUGGCAGGCCCUAGUUACACACAUUCUAGCCCAUACCCAACCCUUUAUAAAGAAUCCACCAAUAGCCCUAAUGACACAGACUGGGUUCAUGUGAAUGCACUAGAAUAUAAUGUCAAUUCCUAUAGCAGCUAUGGAAGAAGCUUUGAUUUCACCAGUAAACAACAUGGAUGGAAACAACCAGCUCUUGGGAAACCUAGCCUCGGGGAGAGGACUGACUAUGGACAGUUCCAGGCCAUGAACCCUUGCCCUUAUUAUAACCCAGAUCAUCCUUGCGGGUACCUCACAAAUCCCUCCCCAGGUGUUCCAGCCCUACAGACUGUGAUCACUACUACCACCAAAGUGUCCUACCAGGCCUACCAGCCCCCUGCUCUGAAAUAUAGUGAUAAUGUGCAUGAAGUUAAGAGCCUUUCGAGCUGUAACUAUGCUUCUGAAAACAUCCCCGUGUCCAUCUAUCCAGAAGCUUUGGACUUUCCUACAGUCACCAGGGAAGCCUCUCCCACAAGGUCACUUCCUUUGAAAAUUUCAGAAGACUGCCAAUCCAUCAGUUCCAUGUUGGCUUUUUCUCAAGAGUCAGCUCCCUCCACAACAGAUGAAACAGAAACUUGGGAUGUGUAUCCAUCAGGGCUGGGAUCUGCAAUAGGUUAUUCAGACAGAAUCAGUCAGUUCUUUAACUAUGAUGAGGACUUUUGA